CCAUUCACUGAGCAGGGUUUUGUGAAGUAUUUGAUCCUUUUACAAUGCGGGGAGGGUCGGUGGUGCAAUAUCCUGAAUAGCAAUUUUUUUCAAACUUCAGGCAGUCUUGUAGUUUUGUAACAAGAACGGUCGCUGCCUUCCGGCUCAGACACGGGUUAGCUCCUGUGUGGAGUUUGCACGUUUUCUCUGUGACUGGAUGCUGUCUGACCUGCUGAGUCCCUCUUGCUCGAGGUAUUUUGUGCCUGUUGCUUUGGAUUUCCAGCAUCUGCAGAAUCUUUCAUGUUCUUGAGAAGAUAUGAAGGCUUUGGAGAAAGUGCGGAAGAAGUUUACUGUAUGACACCAGAGAUGAUUGGGUCGGCCCUUGGCCAAAGAUGCCCACGGCCCCGGUGGUGAUUGGGCUGCCCGCGGUGCUGGUGUGGAUCACGGCGAUCGUAGCGUCGGCCCGAGAAAGGUGCCACAUCAGGGGCACGGUGGUGGAUUGCUCCGGCCACUCACUGUUUUGGGUCCCUGAAGAGCUGCCACAGGACACCCAGGUCCUCGACCUCUCCUACAACAGAAUAGCGGUCAUACAGAACCGGGACUUCGCGCGACUGUCCGAUCUGCGGGUCCUGAAGCUCAGUUACAACAACAUCUCCUGGUUGGACCCGGCUGCCUUUGCCUCCAAUCCCUGGUUGGAGGAGCUGAACCUCUUCAACAACUCGCUGAGCGCCAUACCUGGCACUGUUCUGGCCCCGCUGACGAGACUGGUCCACCUCGAGCUCUCCAACAACCUGUACCGUACGGCCAGUCUGAGCCCAAUCUUUGAGGACCUCUCCAACCUCCGAGACCUCUCUAUCGGGGGAGACCAGAUCCAGUCCCUGCGGAAGGGCGACCUCUCCCCGCUGAGCCGCAUCCCCCUUGACCGCUUCGCCCUGAAGACUGGCUCCGGCUUGAAGGAGUACGAGCCGGGUUCCCUCUCCGAACUGAGUUCGCGCACGGUGUGGACGGACAUCGCUGUGGACAGCCGGCCCUGGCUCCUGCCCGCUUUCCUGAAUGACCUCUUCCGCACACCGGCCACUUCGCUCCGUCUCCGGCGCCUCUUCGCGUUCACGUACUACACGGGCGACGAGGACCUUUUCCGCGGACUGCGGGAGUCGCCCAUUCACAACCUCACCUUCUUCCGCGGCAAGUUCAGCGAGAAAUUACUCGGCUGCAUCCUACGUAACGUGCAGGGCUCGGCGGUGCUCAACCUGACGCUGGACUCCAUUGACUUCGCCCGCUCGCCCAACGGCAGCGUCGACCUGCCCGACGUCUCGGGGCUGCGGCUCGAGCGCCUCGCCCUGAGGGAGAUCAGCAACCCAGACGUGCUGGUGUUCAACCGGGGCUUCGGCUGGCUGGCCGGCGUCCGCACGCUGCUCAUCAACCAGAUCAGUUUUAACUACGUUCCGUGCGGGGCAUGGCGGGAGCUGAAGCGGGCGCAGCUGAUCGACAUCUCCCGCAACGGACUGCGCGAUGACUACAUCUACAACCGGCGCUGCCACUACGUGGGCACCAUGCAGAAUCUGGAGGAAUUCCGCCUUGCCACAAACCUGAUCAGUAGCCUGCGGCUCGUGGCUCUGCUGACGGUCAGAUGGCCGCUCCUCACCACCAUUGACCUCAGCUACAACCAGAUCGUCGGCUGCGAGCCGCCCUGCAUCUGGGGCCCGACCCUGAUCCGUCUCGUUCUGCACCAUAACCCGGCCGGCCCCUCCACGUUCGCCUGCCUGCCCUUCACCCUGCGCUACCUCGACUUGUCCCACUGCCAGUUGGAGCGGCUGGAACCCGGCUGGUUCGCUCGCGCCUCCAACCUCAGCACGCUGCUGCUCAGCGGCAACCGCCUGAAGUUCAUCCCGGCCGACUGGUCGGCGCCCGGCCUGCAGAGGCUGGAGCUAGACGGCAACUCAUUUGGGGCCAUCGGGCCCGGCACCUUUCGCCUGAUGCCCCAGCUCAGGACUCUGGGCGCCGGCGACAACCCCUACCACUGCACCUGCGACCUGCAUCGCUUCGUUUCCGAGGCGCGCUCCGGGCGGCUGCGACUGCUGGGCUGGCCCGCCCGCUACGUCUGCUACUACCCACCCGAGCUGGUCGACACCCAGCUGGCCGACUACUCGCCGGGUCGCCUGCGCUGCGAGGUGUGGCUGGCGCUGGUGAUCUCUGUCUCGGCCACGGCGCUGCUGGCGGUGGGCACCACGCUUCUCUGCUGGCGCUACGACCUGCCCUGGUAUGUUCGGGCCACCUGGCAGGUGGUGCGCUCCCGCUACCGCAGGUCAGAGAGGUCCCGGGAUCCCGCCGGGUGCCGCUCCCCUCCAGCCUUCCAUGCCUUCGUCUCGUACAGCCGGGCAGAUGCAACCUGGGUGCGGGAGCAGCUGCUAGCACGGCUGGAAGGGGGUCGGAGCCCAUACAGGGUCUGCAUCCACGAGCGGGACUUCACCCCGGGCCGCUGGAUCAUCGACAACAUAAUCGAGAACAUGGAAGGCAGCCGCAAAGUCCUCUUCGUUCUCUCCCGCAGCUUCGUGGACAGCGAGUGGUGCAACUACGAGCUGUACUUCGCGCACCAACGGCCGCUGAGCCGUUCCCUGCACGACACUGUUCUCCUGCUGAUGGAGCCAAUCUGUCCCCGCUCUCUGCCCAGCCGCUUCUGCCGUCUCCGCCGCCUCCUCGACUCCCGCACCUACCUGGAGUGGCCCUCCGAGCCCAGCCGCCAGCCCUUCUUCUGGGCCCAGCUCAGAAACCUACUGGGUAAGCCCGAGGACGUGGCAUCCUCCCCAGCGCCCCAGCCCAGCUGAUCCUUCCCCUUCCCUUUUCGUCCCGCGGGGAUGUCUACAGGAAGCUCCGGAAGGUCUCCAUCACCACCUCCCGUAGCGGGUACAGCAAACUGCUCCUUCGGCCCAAACUUGUAUCCUCUGAGCUAAUCCCGUUGGACCCAUGUUCCUCUCAACUUUUGCCAUCCAUCUUGCUGUCCGAGUUGCAGUUGUACCUGCCUCCAAUGCCAGGCUCGACAUAUUGCGAGGAAUAGGUAACAGGAAGCAAGGAACAGUGAAGAACCUUAUUUUGCGCGCAUCCAGGCAGAUCGUUUUCUUACGCAGUGUAUUGAGAUGGUACAAGGGGAAAAGCAACAAGAGACUGCAGGAUAAAAUGUUACAGUUGCAGAGAAAGUGUGGUGCAGGCAGACAAUACGGAGGUAGAUCCUGAGGUGAAAGGUACAUCUUAUCCAUUCAGUAACAGUGAGAGAGUUCUUGGGCCUCGUGUAUGUACUGUAUCUGGAUGGGCAGUGCUGUGGACAGUGUAGAAGCUAGUCUAAGGAUGCAAAGAUGGGCAAAGAAACGGCAGAUACAGUUUAAUCUGGCCAAAUGUGAACGUUGGGGGGCGGGGGAGGUCAAUUGUAAAAGCACUGUACAGUGUUAAUGGAAAGACCCUUAACGGUGUUGUUAAGCAGAGGGAUCUUCAGGUUCAAGUCCAUUGGUCCCCGAAAGUGGCAGCACAGGUUGAUACGGUCAUGAAGAACGGCAUUUGGCACUCUUCCCUUUAUUAGUCGGGACACUGAGUUCAAGAGUUGAGAAGUUCUGUUCUUGCUUUAUAAGACUCCAGUUAAGCCGCAUCGGGAGUAUAGCAUACAGUGUGUAUUGGAAAGAUGUGCAGGUUCACAAGGUUACUGCAUGGAUUACAGGCUACGGAGAGUUUAGGUAAUUUUGGGUUGGUAUCUCUGGAGCGGAGGAAGCUGAAGGGAGGUUUGUAAGAUCGUGAGAGGCAUAAACAGAGUAGACACACGCCAUCUUUUUUUCCAGGGUUGAAAUGUCUAAUACUGGAGAUGGUGGGGGGGGGGUGGGGGUAAAUUUUUACAGAGUGGUGGGUGCCUGGGGUGAAUGCAUCAGAAGGAGGUGUGAAUACAGGUUGGUGAGUGAGGGGACACGUGAGACACAGAAUCUAAUGAGAAUCCUGGAGUUCCCCAGCAGGCUGAAUGCUCUCUUUGGAGAGGAAGGAGCAGUUGAUUGCUCGGUCAAUGGUAAUUGGAUUGUUAUUGUCAUACGUUACAGUGCACCGCUCCGAGUCUCCCGGACCUUUGCCCUGUCACAGAGAUCCUCCCACCGCCCCUCCCAUGUCUCUGCCUAGUGCACAGAGAGUGAAUCCUUCUGUGGCCGUUUACACCGAACACCAGUUUUGAGGGGGUGGCUGGGGGACCGUAGCGCGGUGGAGAUGGGCGAGGCACAACUCUUGCUCUGCCCGGGUGAAGAGGACAUAAUUGAGGCGCUUCUUUGACCACAUAAGCCUUGGCGGUCCUCUCCCUGUGCCCAGUGUGGGGGCGCGGUAGACUGAAGUCCAUGAACUCCCUGCCUGCGGUUCCUCACCCCACAGACGCUGCUCGGCAUCUGCAAGUUUUAAACUUGCUGCGGAGGGAGGGAACUCCGACAGACAAAUUCUCCACCUUCUUCUGCUCUCUGGCGGUGGAGGGGCCCCAGUGUAGUAUUACCUCUGUUGCUGUGGAUUUCCAGCAUCUGUGGAAUCCCUUGUGUGUAUAAUGCUUGUUAU